UCGUUUCCUGAUUCAUUCUUCCUUCCUACCAAGAAAACCAUGGAUGCAGAGUUCAUUGUUACGAAAGUGGGAGAGUUCAUUUUCUCUAAAUUUUUAGAGUCGCUGUAUGAAAAUUUGGCGGUUCCAAAGUUUUGGGACUUCGUACGCGGACAGGGACUUCAAGAAAACCUGGACAAGUGGAGAACAACGCUGCCAGCUAUUCAGAAAAUGCUUGACAAUGCGGAGGAGAAGCAAUAUACUGACGUGGAUGUGAAAAAGUGGCUGGAUGAUCUCAGAGACUUGAUUUACGAUGUGGACGACGUAGUGGAUGAGCUCACCACUGAAGUCUCCACGGCUGAAAAUGAGGCUCGUCCAAGCAAGGUACAGAAAUUCACCCCAUCUACUUGGCGUACUUCUCUUAUUCCAAGCUAUUUUGAGAUCGAUGGUAGGCUGCGGUCAAAGAUAGAGGAGGCCACGGAUCGAUUGAAUGAUAUCCUGACUCGAGAAGGUCAACUGAAUUUGAAGGAAACUGCUGGUGGGUGGUCACGUAUGAAAACAGAAGUAGAGGCGCCAACUUCUGUUCCGAGAGAACCUCAUGUUUAUGGCAGGGAAAAAGAUAAAGAGACUGUGCUUGAAUUGUUGCUGGCAGAAAAAUGUAGUGAGGCUGGAGUCACUGUAAUUCAUAUACUCGGUAUGGGGGGUAUAGGAAAGACAACUCUUGCCCAGCUUUUAUUCAAUGAUGAAAAAGUGCACAGCUUUUUUGAUUUAAAAGCAUGGGCUUGUGUUUCUGAAGAUUUUGACAUUGAUAGAGUGACAAAAGCAAUUUUACAGUCUCUAAACCAUGAGAACUGUGAUGGCAUGGAUCGGAAUUCGUUGCAAGUCAAACUCAGGGAGAGACUGAAUGGAAAGAAGUAUCUCGUCAUUCUUGAUGAUGUUUGGAACGAAAACUAUGAUAAGUGGACUAGCCUACUUGCUCCUUUCCUAGGAGGGGCUCCGGAAAGUAGGAUUAUCAUCGCAACUCGCAAUGAGGGAGUUGCAUUAACGACAUGCGGUACCAAUUAUCAAGCCCAUCGCUUGCAAGGGUUGUCAGAAGACGAUUGUUUGUCUUUAUUUACCCAACACGCAUUGAAUACAAGCAACUUCAGUGCAUAUCCAACACUUCAAGAUAUUGGUGAAAAAAUCGUUGAAAAAUGUCAAGGCUUGCCUUUAGCGGCAAAGACCCUCGGAGGCCUCUUGCGCACUACACGAGAUCGUGCUGAGUGGGAAAAAGUGCUUAAGAGCAAGAUAUGGAAUAUUAGAGAAGAGAGCAACGGAAUUCUUCCGGCUCUUAUGUUGAGCUACCACCAUUUGCCUUCACAUUUAAAGAGGUGUUUUGCGUAUUGUUCAAUAUUCCCCAAGGACUAUGAAUUUGAAGAAGAGCAGUUGGUUUUGUUAUGGAUGGCAGAAGGUCUAAUUCAAUCACGAGAGGGGGACAAACAAAUGGAAGAUUUGGGCAGCGACUAUUUUCGUGCUUUGUUGUCAAGGUCCUUUUUCAACCAAUCAAGCGUGUGGAAAUCACGAUUUGUGAUGCAUGACCUCAUCAAUGAUUUGGCCCAAAGCGUUGCAGGAGAAAUAUGCUUCAGAAUGGAUGACCAAAUUGGGGGUAGUGAUGGAAGUAGACUUCCUAAAAAGGCUCGACACUCUUCUUACUUGGGUGCCGAAUACGAUAGCAUUGAAAAGUUUGAGGCUUUUUUUGGACUAAAAUAUCUGCGUACCUUCCUGCCUCUUAUGCUUUCACGCCGUGGGAGAUGCUAUUUGACUCAUAAUGUUCCUCUUCAAUUGUUGCCAAAACUACUAUGUUUGAGAGUGCUCUCUUUGAGUGGGUACAGCAUAGUUGAGCUACUGGAUUCGAUUGGAAAUUUAAAGCAUCUACGGUACCUUGACCUUUCUUACACUCAAAUUAGAGGCUUGCCUGAAUCGACAACUACUCUUUACAACUUACAGACAUUGAUAUUGAAGAAUUGUCAGUUUCUAAAGGAAUUGCCUUCAAAGUUGGGGAACCUAGUCAACUUGCGCCACCUCAACAUUCUAAAUGCAAAAAAGCUGGAAGGAGUGCCUCCUCAAAUAGGUAAGUUAACUUUUCUCCAUACAUUGUCUAAUCUAAUUGUGGGAAAAGAUAAUUACUCCGUGUUAAAAGAGGUAGGUUCUUUGUUGCAUCUUCGAGGGACGCUCAUCAUCUCAAGAUUGGAGAAUGCCAUUGGACUCAGUAAUGCGAGCGAUGCUAAGUUAAUUGAAAAGCUCAAUCUUACUAAGUUAAGCUUGGAAUGGAGUGUCGAUGUGGAUGAUUCACAAGACAGAACAAGUGAAUUAGAGGUACUUAACAUGCUACAACCAAACGAGGCUUUGAAAAAGCUCACUAUUAGCUGGUAUGGCGGUACACAAUUUUCAACUUGGUUAAAAGGUCAUUCAUUUCCUCAAAUGGUGUUGCUAAGGAUUGAAAAUUGUAAAAAGUGCACAUCAUUGCCACCAGUCGGCCAACUACCAUCACUCGAACAACUUUUUAUUGAAGGCAUGGCGAGUGUGAAGAAUGUUGAUAAAGAGUUUUAUGGGAAUGGUUCCUCGCAACCUUUUAGAUCCUUGAAGAUUUUACAUUUCGAGGAUAUGAAGGAAUGGGAGAAUUGGAGUCCUAAUGGGGGGUUCCCACACCUACUUGAGUUUUUUAUUGGAAAGUGUCCCAAGUUGAAGAAGUUACCAAUCGGGCCAUCACCAUCACUCGAAGUCAUUUACAUUGAAGGCAUGGACAAUGUAAAGAAUAUUGGUCCUGAGUUUUAUGGGGAAGGUUGCUCACAGCCUUUUGGAUCCUUGAAGUGA